AAUAAAAACAACACAAUAACAACGAAACUAAAUUAUAUAGCAAAUACUAAUCCCUAUAAAUAAUGAGCAUACACUUCGAUAGUCCUCCGCAAUCUGAUGGUAGUAAAAUGGAAAUGGAUAUUUCAUCAGAGACAACAUCAUUGGAUUCCGGAGCCAAUUCGCUGAAUGACAACUCCGUCAUUAUACGCCUAGAGAAGGAGGGCGACUGCAAUAAUCAUGAUGUGACAGGCAACUAUGCCAAUGACAACGAAAAAGAAUUUAAUAAAACAUCAUUAGAUAAUCGUAUUACAAGGCCCAUCCUGCUGAAUGACCAUCCGCCAGUCUCUGUGACACCACAACGUCACCUCAAUAAAUCAUCGACACGCACCCUGGCCGAUAAUCAUCCAUUGAUGUUGUCGCCCACAGAUUCCGAUGUGGAUUUCAAUGUGGUGGCCUCGGCGGAACAUGAACGUGAUGUGCGCUUGACAAACGAAAAGAAUUGUGAGAAUAAGAAAAAUUAUCCGGAUGUGGUGCCGAGUUUGGAACAUCUACAUAUACGUAUACCUCAGGAGCACAUUGAAGUUGGAAAGCAAAUUAGUCUAAUGAUGAAUACGAAGAAUGUGAAUGCGGCGGCGGAACUAAUGGCAAAAUCCAAAACUGGUAAUGGCUUUGCUGCGGUGAAUGGACAAACAUUGAAACCCAAUGAUGCUGGCUUUAGGGCCAGUAGUCCGGACUUGAUAAGCAGCGGAUCCGAAGUGAAUGUAUCACAGUAUCAAGCAACCGUUGAUGCCAAUAAUCAAAUUGUUACAUUAAUACCGAAAAAUGGGCAACAGGAUGGAGGUGUUGCUGCGGGUGUGAUGGGAGCACAAAAUAAACAUUUAAAAAAUGCCCGCAAAGCUGAAGAUAUUUCCUCGUUAGAUUCCAUAUCCAAUCAUAGUUUUGAUGGUGAUGAAGAUCAUCACAAUUUAGCCUCAUUAAGUCCCUCAAGUUCUAUAAUUGAUGGUUUGGACGAUGAUGAUGACGACGAUGAUGAUUGUGAGGGACCUGAAUUAUUACCCGACGACGAUGAUGAUAUUGAAGAUUUACAUAUGACACAUAAUGGCGGCGGCGGUGGAGGUAUUCUAACUCCCACACCAUUGCAACGAGAUGGUGCUGAAUUAGCUAAUCAAUUACCACAAUAUUCGGCUGCCGAAGAGAGACGCGAUUCGAGAAAUUGGCAAAAAAUCACCUUACCCGAUGGCCGGACCCGUGAUAUUGAUAUGCGUGUUAUUGAACCAUACAAAAGGGUGCUAUCACAUGGUGGCUAUCUAAAAGCUGGCGGUCAUAAUGCAAUUGUCAUAUUUUGUGCCUGUCAUUUGCCCGAUCGUUCGCGUACCGAUUACAGUUACGUUAUGGAUAAUCUAUUUCUGUAUGUUGUCAAGACAUUGGAACAAUUGGUUACCGAUGAUUAUGUAUUAAUUUAUUUGCACGGUGGUUCGAGUCGUCGAAAUAUGCCACCAUUUCCAUGGUUGAAAAAAUGUUACCAAUUGCUGGAUCGCCGUUUGAGGAAAAGUUUAAAAAACAUGUACUUAGUACAUCCAACUUUUUGGAUAAAAUCCAUUAUAUGGAUGACGAGACCAUUUGUUAGUACUAAAUUUUGGCGCAAAUUAGUCUAUGUGAAAUCUUUGGAUGAACUCUCACAAUAUGUAACGGCAUUAGAAAAGGCAGCCAUACCGGAAAAAGUUAAGCAAUAUGAUUCAAAGAAACAUUGAAGA